GCUCUGCGCUUGCGCUAUCGGGGCAGGGACGCGCCCGCUCUGCGCCUGCGCCCUCCCUCGGGACAAGGGGAAAGGGAAGCGCCCGCACUGCUGCGCCUGCGCCGUCCUCCGGGCGGGGGGACGGGAAGGGAAGCGCCCGCUCUGCGCCUGCGCCCUCCCUCGGGGCAGGGAAACGCCAGCUCUGCGCUUGCGCCGUCUAUCGGGGCAGGGAAGCGCCCGUUCUGCGCCUGCGCCGUCCCUCGGGGCGGGCGGGAAGGGAAGCGCCCGCUCUGCGCCUGCGCGGCGGGGGGAGCGGGCCGCCAUUUUGUCGAGGCGCCUGAGGGAGCGGGGCGGCGCGGCCCUCAGCCCCGGCCGCCGCCCCUCCUCAUCGUGGUGGUGGUGUUCCCCGGUGCGGACGAUGCCCCGGUGCCGGUGACGGCAGCCCCGUCGUUCCCCUCCCUCCCCCGCCGCCGCCUCCGUCAUGGCGUCGUCCCGGUUCGACUCGACGGACCGCGGGGCCUGGUACCUGGGUCCCGUGUCUCGGCAGGAGGCGCAGAGCCGGCUGCAGGGCCAGCGCCACGGCGUCUUCCUGGUCCGGGACUCGUCCACCUGCCCCGGGGACUACGUGCUGUCGGUGUCCGAGAACUCCAGGGUCUCCCACUACAUCAUCAACUCGCUGCCCAACCGCCGCUUCAAGAUCGGCGACCAGGAGUUCGACCACCUGCCCGCCCUCCUCGACUUCUACAAGAUCCACUACCUGGACACCACCACCCUCAUCGAGCCGGCGCCCAGAUAUGCCACCCCGCCCAUAGGCUCUUCCCCAGUACCCAGCCUGCCAGCUGGGGAAGACAGUCUGGAAUACGUACGGACUCUUUAUGACUUCCCCGGGAACGACGCCGAAGAUCUCCCUUUCAAGAAGGGAGAGUUCCUCGUCAUCAUAGAGAAGCCGGAAGAACAGUGGUGGAGCGCCCGGAACAAGGACGGCCGUGUCGGGAUGAUCCCCGUUCCUUACGUGGAGAAGCUGGUUAAGCCGGGGAAGCACGGAAACAGGAAUUCCAACAGCUACGGGAUCCCGGAGCCAGCGCACGCCUACGCCCAGCCUCAGGCCACGACUCCUCUGCCCUCAGGGCCGGGCGCUCCCGGAGCCGUCAUCACCCCUUUGCCAUCCACCCAGAAUGGACCUGUCUAUGCCAAAGCAAUUCAGAAAAGAGUACCGUGUGCUUACGACAAGACGGCCUUAGCCCUAGAGGUCGGCGACAUCGUGAAAGUGACGAGGAUGAAUAUCAACGGCCAGUGGGAAGGAGAGGUGAACGGCCGGAAAGGGCUGUUCCCCUUUACCCACGUCAAAAUCAUCGACCCCCAGAACCCCGACGAGACCGAGUGACGAGCCCCACGACCCAGCGCAGACCGCCGCCGCUCUUCCCGCUUUAUUUUUCUGGCUCUCUUUUAGCAACCUCGGAGAUGGCGUAGCCUGCCGACCAGCGCUCUCUGCCUCCCGGCAGCCCUCGUGUGCCUCCCCGGAAUACCCACGCCCAGCCUCUUCCUGACACGCAGAUCCCAUCUGCUGGAUCGGUUCAUCCAGGAGGGAACCGCCGCUUCACCCGUUAAGGAUCCUGAGCUGGAAAAUACUGGCGAAAGCACGCAAGUGGAAAGGAGGUGGAGGGGAAAGAAGAUUUUUGAGCUCGGAUACCGUCUGGCCGGUUCUGUCACGUUGGGUCGGAAAGAACUGAAACUUUUGGAAUUGACAGCCAAACCUUAUAUCUGCCCUGUUGGGUCAUCUUGUUUUGCCUUUUGGUUAGGAGCGAGAGAGGAAGAGAGAGAGAGGGAUUGGAGAAAGGGGAGAGUCACGUCCUAGAGAAAUGGAAUCUGAAUAAUCGGGGUAUUUGGGAGAUUUCAAGCUUCUGUCAUUGGAAGAAAUGGAUCCGAAACAAGCUGGGUUUUGGGUGACAAAGCCCUCUGCUUGCCUCCCAGCCCUGACUGGUGAAGCGGGUGUGAAUCACGUGUAGCAAAAUAACUGGUUGAAGCUGAGACCUUUAUUUAUACGAAGGCCCAGUCCUCGUAAACGGUAGCCUCCGUGGCUCUAUGCGCCUACAAAGUCCAGGUGACUAUUGAAUGCAAGCCUCUGACCGGCCAUUUUAGAAAACUUGCCCAGCUUUGGUAGCUGGAAGCGGGGGAGCUUUUAAAACACCUCGAAUCUGAUGGCUUCGGGGACCGGGCUUAGAGAAGCUCGGCUGCUGCUUCUCCGGUACCCGUCAAGCCCGGGGCGGGGAGGGCGGCGGAGACACUUUUCCAAGUGAGAUUUAAGAAUUAUUGUUCCUAGAAGCCUCGUGUUGAAUUAAAGUUAUUUUAAUAAGUGAA